UAAAACGCUUGAAUUGCGUAGAUUUCACAGAAACAAUUGCGUGUGAUUAAAUGACAACAAAUUAUUCAGAAAUCGUUUAUAGAUAAAUUGUAUGAAGUAGACAGAUCAAUAAUGAGUUUUAAUUUUGGAAAUACAAGUGCCAUUGGCACUAGUACGCCAGCAAAACCCGCGUUCGGAAAUUUAUCAUUCAAUACACCGGCAACAUCGGCACCGCCAGCCUUUGGAACACCAGCCGCAACACAAGCCACUGGAUUCGGGGCAGCACCAAGCUUCGGACAAUCUCCAUUCGGUGGAUCAAGCUUUGGCGCACCAACAACAUCCGCUCCAGCAUUUGGUGGUUUUAAUACAACCACCACAUCGGCAGCGACCGGAUUAGGUGGUACUACAUUCACAGGAUUUGGACAAACGGCGCCAGCCACGUCUGCGCAAACAGCAUUUGGUGCUGCUUUCGGAAGUACAUUAGGAGGUUUUGGCACAUCGUCAGCAGCUCCAUCAUUUUCAUUCAAUACACCCUCGUUCGGACAACCAACCACACAGACAUCAACCGGUUUUGGUGGUUUUGGUUCAACAUUCGGUAAGCCACCAUUGGGCGGUGGAUUUGGAACAUUCGGUCAAACAUCAACCCUGCCAACAUUGGGUCAACAACAACAAUUGGGACAACCGCAACCACCAUUGAAUCCGGACGAAGCGUUUGCUGAAUCAAUUUAUAAUGUUAAUAUAUUCGGAGAUGAACGAGACAUAGUCAUUGCCAAAUGGAACUAUUUGCAAGCCAUGUGGGGCAACGGGAGAGCAUUCUAUGCGAAAAAUUUACCGCCGGUUGAAAUAACACCGCAAAACUUUUUGUGUCGCUUCAAAGCGAUUGGCUACAAUAAAAUUCCCGGCAAAGACAAUAAAAUGGGUUUGGUUUCGAUGAUUGUAAAAAAAUCGGAAAAUGAUAUGCGCACACAACAAGAAGCAUUCAAAGCACAAUUGCAUCAAAUUUUCGGCAAUAAACCAACAAUAACAGUCAAUAUCGAUAGCAUUGAACCAUUACUGAAUGAUAAAUGUCAAGUUGUAAUUUAUGUUCAAGAAAAAUCACAAGUGUCAAAUGAAAUAAAGCGCAUCGCAUCAACUGAGGUGAAUAAUUUCCUGAAUCAACCAAUGACAAAGUCACAACUAACCAAUUCCGGUAUUGAUGAGGUGAUUGCACUCAUUUCACCCGAUGAAGAUCAACUCAAAGAGUAUCUAGAUAAACCGCCAAAAGGAAUCGAUCCACGUAUGUGGAAUCAGGCAAAACAAGAUAAUCCGGAUCUAAAGGUAUUCAUACCGGUGCCAAUUAUUGGAUUUGCCGAACUAAAGCGACGCAUCAAAUGCCAAGAAAAAGAAACCGAAAUGCAUUCAUUGUAUAUAGCUAAAGUUCGCAGAGAUUUAGAAGAAAUGAAACAGAAAAACAUCGAUGCAAUGGCCAAAAUAUCAGCACACAAACGCAAAUUGGCCGAUUUAAGUCAUAACAUUUUGGAUAUUAUUGUGAAACAAGAGAUAACACGAAAAGUUGGCGUAGCACUGUCACCAGAAGAGGAAAAACUUCGCAGUAAAUUAGAAAAUAUGCAAGCAUUAGUAUCGGCACCAACACAAUAUAAAGGCCUUUUGAGCGAAUUACUCUCACAAAUGAGAAUGCAACGAAAUCAAUGGAACUUAGCAAAUCCAGUCGAUUAUGCAUUGGAACCAGAUUCGGUUGAAGAAAUGAAAGCGUUCUUGUCGAUGCAACAAAAGGCGAUGUCGUGUCUCAUCGAAACAGUCAACAAAGACAAGGAUACCAUUAAGAAUAUUCAAGAAAAGCUCAGUGAAUUAGUGAAUUAAAAGUCUGAAAGUCACUUUCAUCUUUGCGCAAGAGAUUGAAGUGAACAUUUUAUUUUCCAAACAAUGUUUAACACAUAUAAAAGUUGUCAAUUGUUUAAAGUUAAAUUUGCCAAAUGAAUUUUUUUUGUCAAUAAUUUCCGUUCAAAUAAAUCCAACAAUAAAAGAAAAAACUAAAAUAUAAUUCAAA